AUGCUAACGUUUGUCGUAUGUUUGGCUACUUUGCUUGCUUCUGUCUUCUUGUCUACAUUUGAGUCCCAAGUUGUGCUCGACGUCGAACCAGUGGCAUUUGUGGUCUCCCCUGCACUAGCCAAACGCGUGGUGCUUGUUGUUAUAGAUGGUUUAGGAAUGCACGCCUUCAUGGAAAACAAGAUGUCUGAAGAUUCGUUUUUGAUGCGAAUAUCCAGCUCUAAAGGCCAAGUCGGAGUAGUUAGAGCAGACGUUCCCACUGAAACGCGCCCCCGUCAUGUCGCAUUGCUUGCCGGAUUCAACGAGGACGCCUCAAAUUUGAGAAACGCCUGGAGGACAAACAUCCAACCGUUUGAUGCCAUCGUGCACCACACUCAGCGCACUUGGGCAUACGGGGACCCCGUUGCCUUGAGACCUUUCAUCCUGUCCAAUGCGGACCCACGAAGUGGGAGAUUGAAAUUCGAGCACUACGGCGAUGGUCCCCAUCACUCCGCCUACGCUGACCACUUCGUGUUGGAAAAAUUCCGAGACUUCAUAGAAACCGACCUUGACAAGUUCCUGGAGCCUGACGAACCCUCGUCAAAUGGAAGCCGUGGGAAGCUGCUCUUCCUGCAUCUCAGCUCCGUUGACGACGCAGGCCACCACGGGGGCUUCAGGGGCGCACUCUUCCACCGAGCUCUUCGAAACGCGGACUCGGUUGUGCAUGAGGUCUACAGCGUAUUGCGAGAUCGUCUCAGUGAGGAAGAGCUUGCGGCAACCGCGUUCAUCGUCACCUCGGAUCACGGGACAAAACCAAACGGUGGUCACGGAGGGGACUCGAGUGACGAAAUACACGUCCCCUUCUUUGCCUGGGGCGCUGGAAUCGCGCACACACCGAGCCCUCGCGCUUCUAGCGCGGACACAGUCGAGGGCUUUCCCGUCCUCCUGCACCAGGUUAGCGUGAGCAGCCUAAUCGCGUGUCUAUUGGGCACAACCAUCCCCUCAAAUUCUCAGGGAAGGAUCCCUGUGGAUUUGCUGAACACUAGCGUUGCCUACAAGGCCGGCCUUCUUCGAGACAAUAUUCGGCAUUUGCACAAGCUCAGACAGGCACUCCUACGCAGAGCCAAUCAGCUUUCCGCUGUGCCUUUUUUCAUGUCUAACUCAGACGUUGAGACCCCAAGUGACCUUGAAACUCUGCUGAGGACGGAAGACGCCCUGCUUACAACCAUGCCCUUUACUCUGUGGAGCGCCUGGUUUAUUAAUUUCGUCUUCUGGGAGGCUUCAGUAGUAUUGAUUUCGCUUGGUUUCGUGUUCAACAUCACACAAAAUGCCCGCUGCGGUCACCAGACGGCAAUGCGCCUGUGUUUUCGAUUCGGUGUGUUUCUACUGUCAGCUGUGGAGCUCUUUCGAGCGCGAUGGUGGCGUCUACGCGACCAACUCUUCGACAGUGCCUUGGUGGUGCGCUUCUGUUCGCUCAGGCAUUCUUUGCAGGGCUUCUACAAGCCACCGCUUUUUGGGUUGGCGGCGGCAGCGUUGACCGUCGGUGCAGUCUGUGAAGGCGCGACAUUUCGCAACAGCAAACUACUGAAUAUCCCGAUCUUCGUGCAAGUGCUGGUGCACAUGACAGCCACAUGGAGACGACGACGACGGCGAGGUGAUCGGUGUGAGCAUUCGGCGCACACACCUGCCUGCCUCCUCCUCCUCCUCAUUGCUCCUUUCGCCUUCUUCCACGGCACCGCCAAUCUCGCUUGCGCUGGCAGCUGGAUGCACGUUGAAAUGUCCCUCGCUUACUUCCUCUACAUCUCACUGGUGCCAUUCCUGUUCGCCCUGGCAUUCAGUUUGUUGGCGAUGACGCGUGCCUAUUAA